CAUUAAACACAAGAAGAAAAAGACGACGAUGAGGAGGAGUCACCGCCAUUAGUGUCUUAUGCGCUUUGUUACAGUAUUUCAGAUUUUAAAACGUAAACAUAAUUAUUCUUUAGUACAGCAUAAAACGUCAUGUUAAUGAACCAGUCACCGUCGGUAUAAAAUCGUUUUUUUGGCAUUUCGUGGGUUUUGUUAACAAUAUCGUGCUUGACCGUUGGGGUGGGUGCGGUUCAGAAACAAACAACGAGUUUCCUAUUAUCAUUGGAAUCUGACUCCACGAGAAUCUUAAACAAUAUGAAGAAAACGUUUACAUUCUUUGAGAUCUUACUACUGAUGUGCGGAGUGUUUUAUGCUGAAACAGAGGAAGUGAAGUCAGUGAUGGAGGGAGAUUCUGUCACUCUGAACCCUGAUCUCACUCAAAUACAGGGAAUUAUUCAGAUACUGUGGAGGUUUGGAGAGCCAGGUUUGACCAUUGCCCGAUUUAAAAAUGGGAUCUCGUAUGAUGAGAAAUUCAAAGACAGACUGCAGCUGAAUAAAACGACUGGAUUUCUGACCAUCAGAAACAUGAGAACCAAUCACUCUGGACUUUAUAAGGUACAGGUCGACCACGACACUGGGACCUCAGAUCAGAGGUUCAGUGUUACUGUCUAUGAGUCUCCAUCUGUUAUUGCUGGGACUGAAGCUGAAUUGAAGAGUGUGUCAGUGACAGCAGGAGAUCCUGUCACUCUUCAUGUUCCUCAAAUACAAGGAGAUGAGCUGAUAGUGUGGAGGUUUGGAGAUGAAGGAAAACUCAUAGCUAAAGCUGAUAUAGAGACCAAGAGCUCACCAUUAUAUUAUGAAACUGAUGAGAGAUUCAGAGACAGACUGAAGCUGGAUCAGACUGGAUCUCUGAUCAUCACAAACACCAGAACCACAGACUCUGGAGAAUAUAAAGUGAAGAUCAGCAGCAACAAACAGACUUUAUACAAGAGAUUCACUGUUACUGUCACUGUUCCAGUUCCAGAUCCAGGUUUCUCUGGAGGUGCUGUAGCAGGGAUUGUUAUUGGUGUUCUUCUGCUGCUGACUGCAGCUGUAGCUGGUGUGAUGUACUUCUACCGUCGCCCCAUUACCACUAAUCUACCAAACCAAACAUGGUUAGUGCCGCCGUUCGAUAAUAUCACUCUAAACCCUGAACCUGAAAUACAGAGAGGAGAUGAGAUACAGUGGCUGUUUGGAGCUGAAGAGAUUCUCAUUGCUGAAAUCAAAGGAGAGAACAGAGAGAUGAAGACAUAUGACUGUUCUGAUGGGAUAUUCAAGAACAGACUGAAGCAGGGCGAGACGACUGGAUCAUUGACCAUCACAAACACCAGAACUGAACACUCUGGACUCUACACUCUGAAGAUCAGAAGAGGAAGAGAAACCUUCUACAAAAGAUUCAUUGUUUCUGUCGGAGAGAGGAAGAUGACCGUGACGGAGGGAGAACCUGUCACUCUAAAACCUGAUAUUGAAAUAAACAAAGAUGAAACGAUACUUUGGAUGUUUGAAGAUGAGAAGGAGUUGUACAGCAUAGCUGAAUUUAUUGGAGAGAUCGAUAAGUUCUUACCAAGAGAUUAUACUCCUGGUAGAAGAUUCAGAGACAGACUGGAGCUGAACAAGACGACUGGAUCUCUGACCAUCAAGAACACCAGAACCACAGACGCUGGACACUAUAUGCUACAGGUGUUCUCCAACACUGAGUUUUCUCAACAGACAUUUACUGUCACUGUCGAUGAUGAAUCGGAGAAGAAAUUUGUGGACGAGGGAGAUUCUGUCACUCUGAAACCUGAUACUGAAAUACAGAGCGUUGAUCAGAUCCUGUGGAUGUUUGGAGAUCAAGACAAGCUCAUCGCUCAGAUCAGAGGAGGAACAGUAGAGACGUAUGAUGAUGUUAAUAAGAUAUUCAGAGACAGACUGAAGCUGGACAAGACUGGAUCACUGACCAUCACAGAGAUUGAAGCUGAACACACUGGACUCUAUAAACUACUGAUCAGCAGCAGCAGAGGAACCUUUGUCAAGAAAUUCAAGGUUUUAUUAGAUUAUGAAUCGAAGAAGAAAUUUGUGGACGAGGGAGAUUCUGUCACUCUGAAACCUGAUACUGAAAUACAGACAGAUGAUCAGAUCCUGUGGAUGUUUGGAGAUCUAGACAAGCUCAUCGCUCAGAUCAAAGGAGGGACAGUAGAGACGUAUGAUGAUGUUAACGAGAGAUUCAGAGACAAACUGAAGCUGGACGAGAAGACUGGAUCACUGACCAUCACAGAGAUUGAAGCUGAACACACUGGACUCUAUAAACUACAGAUCAUCAGCAGCAGCAGAGGAACCUUUGUCAAGAAAUUCAAGGUUUUAUUAGAUUUAAGCUAUGUUUUAGAGGGUAAGGGAGAAACUGUCUAUUUUGAUUCCGGAACUAAUGAAAUACAGACAGAUGAGGAGGUAAAGUGGAGGUUUGGAGAUGAAAUGUCUCUCAUCGCUGAAAUCAAAGAAGGGACUGGAAAGACAUAUGACGGUCCUGAUGAGAUAUUCAGAGGCAGACUGGAGCUGAACAAGAAGACUGGAGGUCUGACCAUCAAUGACUCUACAUAUGAACAUACUGGAGAGUAUAAAGUGACGAUAAGCAGCAGUAAAGGGGUUAGAAACAGGACACACGUUUUUACUGUCAGAGGAUCUAAAAUUUUAAUUGAAAAAAAGAGGGAGAAAUCAUUGAUGAAGGCAAAGAUUGAUUCCAGAAGAAACCGAGUGAAUGAAUCAGUGACUGUAGUGAACCCUCUGUUGAAUGGAGAUGAUCUGGAUGUAGUGAAUGAAGAGGAGGGGACAAGUUCCCUUUAAGAACAUAAGACCCGCCCACCAGUGUCAAUCACUCUGACAUCAUCAUUCAGGUCCAGCUUCAACACAAACAUGUUUCUGUUUUUAUGAUCCUCCAGAAUCUGUCCAGUGAAAGUCAGAUAUAAAUCUGUGUGUUGAGCUGUUAAACUUGCAUGUAAAAAAAGUAUUUAGUUUUAAAUGAACCAAGACACGUGUUUGUCAUUUUAAUGAUUUACACUUCAUUAUUUUACUUUAUUUAGCCUGAUACUAGUUUGACUCACAGCUUUGAUUUCAUGUGAUUGUGGACAGUGAGUGUCAGAAAGUGUCAUAUAUGCUUUUAAUAAGAUGUUUUACCACACAAUUUUAUUCUCUGUUUUUAUAUGAUAAACACAGUACCGGAUUUAUAUUCAUGUUCAGCGUUGAUUACAGUCUGUUUCCAAGCUGAGAUCACAAAAUCUUCAUUUUCUUCAUGUUCAUAGUGCCUUUGUAUUCAUGCUGAAGCAUUUGAAAUGAGCCUUAUUGUAGUUGUAGCAAAUAAUAUGAAAAAGAAAAGACCCUUUUGUUCAGUUCUAGCAGUGAUGUAAUAAUACAUGCGUUAUGCUUUGUGUUGUUUUAAUAAAUUUGACAACAGCA